AUGCAAUUGAAACGAUCAUCUGGAAUAUUAUUACAUAUAACAUCAUUACCAUCAUCAUUUGGAAUUGGUGAUUUUGGUCCAGAAGCUUUUAAAUUUAUUGAUUUUCUAGCUGAAACAAAACAAAAAUUAUGGCAAACAUUACCUAUAUGUCCAACAAAUUCUCCAUCACCAUAUUCAAGUUUAUCAGCAUUUGCAGGUCAUUCAUGGUUAAUAUCACCAGAUAAAUUAUUAGAAAAUAAACUUUUAACAAAAGAUGAUUUAAAAUCAAUUGAUCAAUCGAAAUUUAAUAAUUCAUAUGUUAAUUUUGAUGAAGUAAAAAAAAUCAAAGAACAAUUAUUGGAAAAAGCAUAUGUUAAUUUUAAAAAUAAUAAUAAACAAGCGCAAGAAAUUUUAAAUGAUUUUUUUCAACGUGAACAAUAUUGGAUUGAUGAUUUUACAUUAUUUAUGACAAUCAAAGAAAAACAUAAAGAUACUAUAUGGUGUGAUUGGCCUGAACCUUUACGUCGUCGUGAACAAACUGCUUUACAAAUGAUUCGUCAACUUGAGAAAGAUCGUAUAGAAUAUUAUUUAUUUGUUCAAUAUAUAUUUGAUCAACAAUGGAAAGAAUUAAAAAAAUAUGCAAAUGAUUCUAAAAUCAAAAUAAUUGGUGAUAUACCUAUCUAUGUUGAUUUUGAUUCAGUUGAUGUUUGGUCAAAUUCUCUUAUAUUUCAAUUAGAUCAUGAUGAUACUAUGAAACCAACUGUUAUAGCAGGUUUUCCACCUGAUCAUAGUUCAAGUACAGUACAAAAUUGGAAUAUGCCAGUCUAUGAUUGGAAUAAUGAAAAUGUUAGAAAAGAUUUAUUUGAUUGGUGGAUAAAACGUUUGCGUAAAGCAUUGACAAUUGAUGAUUUACUUCGAAUUGAUCAUUUUCGUGGUCUAGAAGCACAUUAUAUUAUACCAGUUGAUAUUAAAACACAAAAACCAAAUACUUCACAAGCACAUUGGGUUAAAACACCUGGUCAUGAAUUAUUGACAGCUGUAACAGAAUCACUUGGUUCAGAUGUUCCAUUAAUUGUUGAAGAUUUAGGUGAUGUUACACCAGAAGUAUUUGAAUUACGUGAUCGUUUUCAAUUAUACGGUGUUAAAAUUUUACAAAUGGGUUUCUAUUAUGAUACAGACAAUAUGUAUUGUCCACAUAAUUACACUCCAAAUUCAGUUGCAUAUACAGGUACUCAUGAUAAUCCAACAACAUUACAAUGGUGGACAAAAGAAGCAUCUGAAAAAGAAAAAAAACAAUUUAUUGAAUAUAUUCGUCGUCCAAUUGAUGGUGAUAAAGAAUUAAUAAAUGGUUUAAAACUUGAUAAACAUGUUGAUAAAUAUAUUUGUUGGUAUUUUAUACAAAUUAUUUUACAAUCAGCUUCAAAUGGAGCAAUUAUUCAAAUGCAAGAUAUUUUAAAUGUUUCGACAAGAAUGAACGAACCAGGAAUAGCAUCUGAUAUUGAACAUAAUGGUCUACAAAAUUGGUCAUGGCGUUUUGAAUGGUCUCAAUUAACAUCAGAUAUUCGGAUGCGAUUAAAAAAAUUAACACAGAUGUAUGGACGCGAUUUAAAAUAUGGUAAAUCUAUUCCACCAGAUGAUAUGGUUAUGAAAGAUGAGUCGAAAUGUAUUUUACAAUAA